GUCAAAGGAAUCUGUAUGGAAAGGACACAUUUCUUUUUUUUUUUUUCAUUUAGGCAAAAGAAUUUUCGUGAACACACAGAGAGAAAGCACCAGACUGUGCCUACAGAAUUAGAGGAGAUUGUGAGGGAAGAUGUUACAGAGCUGCCAGAACAUACAGUAACUAUCACUGACAUAUCGGAAAUAGACCUUGCUGGACAUGGUGGCACAAGAUUAGGACUGAACACGGCUGAGGAGAGUGAUGAAGAUGGUGAAGGGGAGAUAAACAGUGACAACAGUGAUGUAGAAACACAAGUUACCAAUUUACCUGAAACCAGCAUAUUUAAACAUAAAAGGGAUAUGAAGAAAAUCAAGGAGAAAAUAUUUAAAACAUCAAAACAUCUGAAAAAGAAAUCCCAGAAAAAGCCCAAAAGAACACUUUCGAAGAGAACGAAACACAAAUUGAAAUGUCAACAAAAUGUGUGUUGAUUGAUAUAAUUAUAGAGAUGAAUUUGUGGAAAGAUCUGUAUCUGCUGAUAUGGUUUGGAGAAUUUAGACUUGGUCACACAAUGUAAUAUGGUUUAUAGGAGAAUAUCCAUGAACUAGGGUAAACAAUGAAGAAUAAGGUUUAUAGGAGAAGAAUAUGGUUUAUAGGUUGAAGCACUCAGUUUGCAGAAUUGCUGCAUCUUUACAGUAUCCAUGUAGACAUAGACAGUGUCUGUUAUUGUAGUUUGUUAAGAGCACAAAAGGUUUUUUAUGUCAGUACUAUUUGGCCAGAUGAAAUAAAUUGAUGUAACUGGGAUAAAUGUUUGAUGUUGUGUGAACCAUAGUUAGCAUCUGUAUGAUUUACUGUUAAAUUUAUGUCCAGACCAUACUACAUUAUACAAGAUUGUUUUGACAAUUUUUAACUUCAAAGAGUUUAGGAAUAUCUAACAUUUGAAAUGGUUGUUAUAUGAAGGACUUAUUUUAUCAGAUAAGGAUAAAAAUGAUGCCAUGCCUUAAUCAAUAGUCAUAUUUUUGAUGAAAAAAUGAGUUAAACUGCAAUGAAAGAAGAUACACUUGUGCAUCUUAAAUGUACAAAAUAAAUAUAGAAAUGUAUACUUAAAAAUGUGAGUUGUACUAUAAUCUUUCUUAAGAAUAGCAAUGCCUUAUGUUCUUGUAGCAU